AUGCCCUCCUCCUCCGCCUCCGCCCUUGGCCGCCUCCUCUCCAUCCAACCCACAAAACCGAACCCCCCAAACGCCAACCCCCGCUACACCGCAUCCGACUCCCCGCGCAGCAUCGGCAGCGGCUCCUGCGGCCGCAUCUACGCCGCCGACGACUCCUGCGUCGCACUGAAGGUCGCGCACUCUCCCUCGACGCCGGGGCAGCUCUGGAACGACUACGUCAUGCACACGCACAUCUGGGAAGCAGCCCAAAAGCUCCAGCUCGACGAAGUGCGCGUCCCGCAACCACGGUUCUACGUCCCCGGCGACGAAAACGCGGCCUGGUGGCAGCGACACGCGCACACGUUCGCCGUGCACAACGACCCGAGCGAGCACUUCGCCGAGGCCAGACCGGCUGCCGUCGACGACUGGUACGACCCCUACCGGAAACAGACCAUGAAGCGGCCGGGGAACAGGGAUUGCCUCGUGCGCGUGUACCUGGGUAGCCGCCGGCAGAGCGCGAAACGCUCUGAGCGGUUCUUCUCGCUGCGGAACCUGAAGCUGCACCUGAACCAGAUGGAAGAGCUCGGGAUGGACGCGGAGGUUCUGGCGGCGCAGGUGGCGGGCGCGCUGGCGACGAUGCAUUGGAAGGCGCGCGUCGAUGGGCGGGGGGUCGAGUUCGUGCUCGGCAGCGUCCCGCCGGGUAUGGCACGGUUGAAACCGCUUACUGCUGCUGAGCUGGAGGGGUUGGAGCCCGGGAGCGAUACCGAGCGUUUGGUGCAGAAGCGGGCGGCGGUCUGUUUGUGGCUGCUUGAUUUCGAUCAGUGCGGCAAUAUGAGCAUGGAUGAUAAGGGCGUCGAGCGGGCGGUUGAGGCGUUCUGUGGCAAUGAGCCGUACUAUCCGCGUCCUGUGGUGGUGGUGGUGGAUGGUGAAGACGGAGGAGACGGUAAGGAUGCGCGGCUGUGGAAAGGGUUCCGUGCCAGGUAUCUGGAGAUAUCGGACCGCAUUCUGUCUGGGACCGCUCUUCCGAGGUACCUUCCGCGCUUGAUGCUGGAGAGCAUUGAAGCUCAUUACCGAGAAGAGGCGAGACUCAGAAGUGCGGAGGCUGAGAUUCGUUGA